AGGCGCAUCGCUGCAUGCGGACAGACGGAAAUCGCACGCGUCUCGCUCGGCACUGUGUAUACAAGCACCUAGUAAGAAUAUAAACAAACGAUGAUGAAAAAAUGACGCACCUUCAAAGCUGGCGGUUUUCAAAGCUUCUCCAGGAUCGAAAGGACAAAGUGGCCGGCAGAGCCGUCCGAUCGCUGCUGUUUGACCGGCUGAUACUGCAGACACGUAUACGUUGCGAUGGAGAGGAUUGCACGAAGUUUCUAUUUUCAAUCCUAUUCCACAAGUUUUCGUUGGUGAGAUUGUGUCUAAGAAUGGCACAACAAGAAAUCGAUGCAGAUUAUGAUAAGAUGCAUAGCUUCAACGACAAGAAUAUCGACUUAGAAAACUACAGAAAAUUAGUUAAAUCGUAUUUAGACUUGCAUUUAUACAGUGCUGCGUCAUUCUGGGCAGAUAAAGUUCUCUCGUUAGGAAAUGAGAACCCCAAAGACGUUCAUGCCCUUGCUCAAUGCAUGUUUCUCAUGAAACAGUAUCAUCGAGCUGCUCAUCUCAUCAGGAGUCGUGGACUUGAAAAGACAGACAUAAUGUGCCAUUACCUGGCUGUAAGAUGCCUAUUAGAGGCUAAAGAAUUCACCGAAGCUCUUCAAGUAAUUGUUGAAAUGGAGAUGUCUACUAACAUCUCCGCAUCUGGUGUCAGUUUUAAUAGCCAGGCAGACAUACUCGAGGUGGCCCCAAAAAACGUGCAAAGCUCGAUCCUGUAUUGCAAAGGAAGAAUAUACGAGGCAAUGGACAACAGAGCUGUAGCUUUGGAUUGUUAUAAACAAGCUCUGCAGUGUGAUGUUCAUUCGUAUCAAGCUUUUGAAGCACUGGUUCAGAACCAGAUGCUAUCGGCUGCGGAAGAAAAGGAGCUGUUGGAAUCAUUACCCAUAACUGAGCAGUGCUCAGGUGGCGAAGCCAAAUUACUGCGGUUAUUGUAUGAAAGUAAAUUGAAAAAAUACCAAUCUCCGGCUGAAAAAGAGCCCUUACUUUGCUGUGGAGUUCAGGGAGUCUUGGUAACGGACAGAUUGAUGGAUAACUUGGAUAUGGAAGUUUCUAGAGCAGAAAGACUGUAUUACAACUGUGAUUAUCAACAAUGUUUUAGUCUUACUGAAAGGAUCCUAAAGAAAGACCCCUACCACAGUACCUGUCUCCCAGUGCAUAUUGCCUGCUUGGUUGAACUGAAGAAAUCAAACGCACUCUUCUAUCUAGCACAUAAGCUAGUAGACUUGUAUCCAGAUAUGGCUCUUGCUUGGUUUGCAGUCGGCUGUUACUACUACGUCAUAGGUAAAAGUGAUCCGGCCCGCAGGUAUUUGGCAAAGGCUACAGCCUUGGAUCGAUUAUUUGGACCUGCAUGGCUAGCAUAUGGUCACUCAUUUGCCAUAGAAAACGAACAUGACCAAGCAAUGGCUGCUUAUUUCAAAGCCUCGCAACUGAUGAAAGGCUGUCACUUGCCACUGCUAUAUAUUGGACUGGAAUGCGGUCUGACAAAUAAUCUUAGACUGGCGGACAAGUUUUUUCAACAAGCUCAAAGCAUUGCCCCGGAUGACCCGUUUGUUAUACACGAAAUGGCAGUCAUAUCUUUUCAAAAUUCAGAUUAUAAGGCUGCUGAGCAACAAUUUCAAGAAGCUAUGAAAAAAAUACAAGGUGACUUGCAAGCAGUGAUUCUUCCAAGCAAAUGGGAAGCACUGCUUAACAAUUUAGGACACACGUGUAGAAAAAUGAAAAAGUAUGAUGAUGCGUUAGACUACCACCAGCAGGCUCUAGUAUUGAAUCCACUGAACCCAUCAACAUAUUCAGCUAUUGGGUUUGUUCAUGCACUUCGUGGCACCACACAGGAAGCUGUGGACGCUUUUCACCGAGCCCUUGGCCUGCGUAGAGAUGACACUUUCACUACGACAAUGCUCGGUUAUGUGAUGGAACAGCUCAUUGACGAAGUACCACCUUACCCAGAUGCACCACAGGAAACACCAAAAUACAAGUUCCCAGGAGGUGCAGUAAAUACAGGAGGCGGAGAACCUUUCCAAAAUUUAACUGGUCCCUCUCAAGAUCCAAAUAUGGAAACAUUGAGAGUUAAUUUGUUUUCGGGAUGGGGUGAGGAGGGUUCAAAGUCUGAGGACGAAGUUUUAUCCAAACUAGACCGAACUACAGACAGAGUAGUCGUUAAUUACUCGUCGAGUGAUAUGAGUUCAGAAGUGGAAAUGCUUGACCCGUCUGCGGUUCACAUAGACUAUAAAUAAAUGUAAACUCUUACGUGGUCAACACCGCAGUAGAGCUUUCUGUAUCAGUUACCACGAUAAUAUGGAAACCUUUUUCUUUGAAGUACCAUCUUCACGAGUAUCUUGUCGUGAGAGUAUUCCUGAGCCGAAAACCCGAAUGAUUUCCGCCACAUCGAUAUAAAACACGACUUAGUCGAUUGUUAUGAGAAUUUACGAAAACUGUACAAGUUGCAGUGUAAUCGUGUAGAUAUUACACAGAUGAAAAGAAAAAAUGAAAGUUACGUUUUAUCACCGUUAUUUAUCAAUCGAGUCGUCUACCGUCUGUUCACCAUAAAUUUUCAGUGGUACAAUACAAUUUUGUACGAAUAAUACAAUGUUCUGCAAUCAAAUAAUUACGGUAUUACAGAUAUACUGUACAUAUCGUACUCCUGGUCAAAUUGUUACAUAAUACUCAUUUGAAUGAAUGGGGGAGCUGGAAAGAGUAUGUUCUUCUCAUAUACCUAGUACGGUACUGUAUUAGAAAGGACAAUAGAGAAUUAUUAAAAUA